CGAGGCGGCCGGAGCCCGGUGCUCAGCCGCAGCGGGUGCCCGGCGCGCAAGGGGCCUGGGCAUCCCCGGGGUGGGUGUCUGCGCGGGCCUCGCUGUGGCGCGGGGCACCCGCAGAGGCGCCCGCCGGUCAGCCCGCCCGAGCGCCAGGCUCGCAGAAGCCGGGCUUUCUCUUCCUUUCGCCUCCGCCCGCCUCCCCAGCUUGCCGGCUGGCGUCGCCACCGCCUCCACGUCUCUGGCCGCCGCUGUCGCUGCUGCUGCUGCAAUCCAGGACACACGCUCUUCCACUUUCCCGCUGGAGGCGCGGAGGAUGCCCCUCGGACCAGCCCUGGGGAAAUAGCCAGGGCCCGGCUGGAGAAGCCUCGCCUGCGAAAAAGGAAAUCCGGACUCCGUUUUCUUUGAUGCCACUGCAGCAUCUGGGUGCUGGGAAGGCACCCACAGAGCGGGCUCGCCAAGCGGGACGCUGGAGUCGCAGAGAAAGACCCUCGGCACAGGCUGGGCUCCAAGCAGAGUUUGCAAGUGGCCGAAACCCUUCAGGGAAGGGCUGCCUGCCGGCCUGGACUGGGCAAAAGGGCUCCAUAAAGAGUCCAUGAAGAAGCCUGCGGGGAGCUGCUGGGGAGCGAUUUCUGCCCCCCAUCUGGGCUCCUGGUUCCAGUUGCUCCCUGCCGACUGGGGGUUCAGCGCUCAGAGCCAGGUAACGGCCCCGGGGCCUAAUGCUUGACCGGAUGGAAACCCUGCAGCCUCUGUUUCUACUGGGUGGACACGCGGAGGUUGGUUUCCAGCUGUGGAAGAGAUUAGAAGUGGAAAUUGUGCAGCUGGAUGGGCCCAGGAGCUGAGAAGAGCGAGAGGGAAGGAGGUUGCUGGACGCCUCCGAUCACUGUUUUCCAGGUUCUGUGGGAACUCUCUGAGGCAUCAAACAAGAUGUAGGGGAAUGGGACCAUCUCUCGGGUAUCUCAAGCCUCAAAACCACCUCCCAGCCCAAAGAAGCUCGCCUUGACCUUGGGAGGGCCGGUGAACCCUUGGCCCUUGCUCUUCGCCUCAGCCUUGUGCCAGGCUUACCUUCCUCUCCUGGACAUGGUCAUCACCUUCACAGAGGGAGUCUGCCUGGGGUUCCAUUCCUAAGGGAAGCUUUGGAAAUAAAGUCCCCCCCACAUCUCAUCCCUGACCGCCCCAGCGAGCCCCUGUGUGUCAGUCCGGAAUGAUCCUGCUAUGGCCAAGCUCUGGUUCAAAUUCCAGCGGUACUUCCGCCGGAGACCCGUGCGUUUCUUCACCUUCCUGGUACUCUACCUGACAGCCGGGAGCCUCGUCUUCCUUCACUCUGGCUUUGUGGGUCAGCCGGCCGUUUCGCAGAACCGGGUGGAUCCCGCUGCCGGGGCCCCGGCUGAGGGCGCCGAGCUGCCCUUCUUGGGUGACCUGCAUCUGGGAAGAGGUUUCCGGGACCCGGGUGAAGCCGCCAGCACCGCCCGCCGGUAUGGACCCUGGUUCAAGGGCAAGGAUGGGAACGAGAGGGCCAAGCUGGGAGACUACGGUGGAGCCUGGAGCCGAGCCCUCAAGGGGAGAGUCGUCAGGGAGAAGGAGGAGGGGCGAGCCAAGUACAUCGGCUGCUACCUGGAUGACACCCAGAGCCGGGCCCUGCGAGGCGUGUCCUUUUUCGACUACAAAAAGAUGACCAUCUUCCGUUGCCAGGACAACUGUGCCGAACGGGGUUACCUGUACGCGGGGCUGGAGUUCGGCGCGGAGUGCUACUGCGGCCACAAGAUCCAGGCGGCCAACGUGAGCGAGGCGGAGUGUGACAUGGAGUGCAAGGGCGAGCGCGGCGGCCUGUGCGGAGGCGCCAACCGCCUCUCGGUCUACCGGCUGCAGCUGGCCCAGGAGGCGGCCCGCAGGUAUGGCAGCGCAGUCUUCCGAGGCUGCUUCCGCCGGCCCGAAAACCUCUCCCUGGCCCUGCCGGUGACAGUCGCCAUGCCCAACAUGUCUGUGGACAAGUGCGUGGAUCUCUGCACGGAGAAGGAGUACCCGCUGGCAGCCCUUGCGGGCACCGCCUGCCACUGUGGGUUCCCCACCACGCGCUUCCCCCUCCAUGAAAGGGAGGAUGAGCAGCUUUGUGCCCAGAAGUGCAGUGCGGAGGAGUUUGAGAGCUGCGGGACCCCCAGCUACUUCAUUGUGUACCAGACACAGGUCCAAGACAACCGCUGCAUGGACAGACGGUUCCUGCCGGCCAAGUCCAAGCAGCUCAUCGCUCUGGCCAGCUUCCCGGGCGCCGGCAACACCUGGGCUCGCCACCUCAUUGAGCUGGCCACCGGCUUCUACACUGGCAGCUACUACUUCGAUGGUUCUCUCUACAACAAAGGGUUCAAAGGUGAGCGGGACCACUGGCGCAGCGGGAGGACCAUCUGCAUCAAGACACAUGAGAGCGGCCAGAAGGAGAUUGAGGCCUUCGACGCUGCCAUCCUGCUCAUCCGUAACCCCUACAAGGCCCUCAUGGCAGAGUUCAACCGCAAGUAUGGCGGCCACAUUGGCUUUGCUGCCCACGCCCACUGGCAGGGCAAAGAGUGGCCCGAGUUUGUGAGGAACUACGCCCCCUGGUGGGCCACCCACACGCUGGACUGGCUCAAGUUCGGCAAGAAGGUGCUGGUGGUGCACUUUGAGGACCUGAAGCAGGACCUCUUCGUCCAGCUGGGCCGGAUGGUCAGCCUGCUGGGAGUGGCUGUCAGGGAGGACCGGCUACUUUGCGUGGAGAGCCAGAAGGACGGCAACUUCAAGCGCUCGGGGCUCCGGAAGCUGGAGUACGACCCCUACACGGUGGACAUGAAGAAGACCAUCUCCGCCUACAUCAAGAUGGUAGACGCGGCCCUCAAAGGGAGGAACCUCACGGGGGUUCCCGACGACUACUACCCCAGAUGAUGCGGCAGAAGGCGGGGGAAGGCUGGGUGUCCUGACCAAACAGGGCCUGAGACUCAAGAGGCCCGGGGGGACCCUCACCCAUCUGUCAUCCCUUUGGUUUGGGGACAACCCCCUUGGCUGCUUUUGCCUUCCGUAAGUUUCCUGCAUGACAGAGGGAGCUCAAGAGAAGAGAUUGUCCAGGUACUCCCCACCCUAACCUCACCCUUGGAAAUGCAGAGGGCCACUGGUUUGCGGAGUUCCAGCCACAUGAACCCCCUUCUGUCUCCCUCCUGUCUGCCCCCACCACUUUGGGUUCCCCUGGAGAGAGGAAGUGCUGCAGCCCCGUGGGUGCCCCCUGCAGGUGUGGAGGACCUUGAUGCAGGAGCUAAAGGGACUUGUAAGAAAAGGGGCCAGGGUGGCUCUUCCCUUCUGGGCUGACCUGGAGCGCCUUCCCGUCCCUUCUCCGCCCAGGAAGCCAUGCACUAAGCUUAUCCAGGUCGCCUCCCUCUGAAGGUUGCUGGGAAGUUUCUCCUUAGGUAUCUGACAUUCUGGGUGGGGGCGGAAGGAAACAGUGCUCAUGGCUAAUUGGCACCACGUGUGGGGGCCACCGGCAUCAGCAGCCCACCCCAGGUCACUCUCCUUUUCCUCCCACAUUGUCCCAGGUCAUCUUGGGGUUCCAGAACCCACUUCCAGGGGUUCCUUAGGCACCAACAGUUAUCCCAGCAAGGUGGCCCUGCAGAGAGCACAGAGCCUCAGUCAGACCGAGAGCCCCAGUGACGCACCUCUCCACGGCGCCCAACAGCGGCCUUGAGCACCCUGCUGACUUCCAUGGGUUCCUGUGCCUCCUGGUGGGACAGGGCACCAAGUCAGGCGGGCCACAGCCGGAAAGAGACCCCUUCAUCAUAACCCCCCAGGGCUGCUUUGGGGGCCCUUGAAGGAGCCGGAUGAAUGGGAUGGCUUUUCCUUUUCAUGCAAAUGCUGCUUUCUUGAUGCCGAGACCUCAAACCAAAGGAUUUCCAAGGACCCGCGUCACUGAUGCCCUGGAAAGCUCGGAGCCUCUCUCCCAUCUCUGCCUCCGCCUUGGCCGCCAGGGGCCGCUCAUCGGCCCCACGGCGCCUGCACCGGCCCCACCGUGUAGAGGCAAAAGCCAUAAGUCAUAGCUCUUGCUCUCUGUCUAGAGCAGCCCACCCCAACAGUCCCUCUGAAGCCUUGGGGUGCAGGUCAGUGCUCGUUCCCAAAUAGCCAAGAGACGAUGGAGAAGGCGAGUGUAAAGAGAUAUAUUUUUUUAAGAGGAAUAUGACUAGUGCAUUCCCCCCUUGGGGCCUGGCGUGGGAAGAGAAGGCCGAGGGACGGGACCUUGGCUCUCUUCCCGGACCCUCUCACCUGCAGGGUCUGGGCCACCCGGGCCAGCCAGGGGGCUCUGAAUGUAUUUUGUACCGUGUUUCUUCCCCUGGGCAAAUUUCUAGUCUUCUUCAGGAGGCCGAGGAGGGCUUGGCCUUCCCGCCUUCAAGGUCAGCUUUCUCUGGGGGACUCUUGGCCCCAGAGCGGGGCCAGUGCUUUGCAAGUGGCCACUUCCGGCCACACGCCUGUCUGAAGAUUCCUCAGGUCAACACCAUCAUUAAAAGCAAGUUUUAUU